AUGCCCAUCACAGUUGACGGCUUGACACACAUCAACUAUGCCUUCGCCUACAUCGACCCUUCCAGUUUCGAAAUCACCACUAUGGAUGCACAGACACCGGCGAAGACCUUUCAGGAUGUUGUCGACUUGAAGGGCAUCAAACCCUCGCUUCAGAUAUAUGUGUCCAUCGGCGGAGCAGUUCUUGACCUUCGUACCCCCACAGCAGUAACCGAUAAUGGCACAGCAGCACAGCCCGUGUUUGGCAACAUUGCCCGAACUGCUGCCAACCGUCAGAAAUUUGCGCGUGCCUUACUCAAGUUCAUGAAUCAGUACGGCUUUGACGGUGCUGAUUUUGACUGGGAGUACCCAGGCGCACCAGACCGCGGAGGCAAGCCGGAUGACACCAAGAACGAUGUCGAGCUGUUCAAGACGCUACGAGAGGCAUUUGACAAGUCAGGUAGAAGGCUGGGCCUCACCUUUACUGCCCCUUCUUCGUACUGA